AUGAGUGGCGCUGUAUUGGGUUAUCUAGAAGUUGUAUCAGCAGAAGAUUCAGGUCCUGUUGACAACAGAGUCUCAAUUAACAGACACGAAAUUCUGAGAAUAGGUCGCAACAAGAAAGAAUGUCAUUUGCUUCUUAAUGACCCUUCCAUAUCUUCCGUUCACUGUAUUUUAUGGGCAAUAUUAUUUGAUGACGACAGUGUGCCAAUGUGUUAUAUCAAAGACCUUUCUCUAAAUGGUACUACGAUAAACGGUAAAUCAUUGAAUAAGAAUACGACAUAUCUUUUGGAAGAUGGUGAUGAAAUCAAUCUGUGGUUGACUAAGGCAAAAAGGGACAAAAGUACAGUCUAUCCCUUAUUUAGAUUCAAAGCAAUUGGAUCUGAUAAACAGAAAUUACAUCUAAUGACUCAAUUACAACUUGAAAAGGAUAUCGAUUGUUGGAAUAUCUCCCCUAAAGUAAUUGGCAAUGGGACUUUUGGCCAUGUAAUGGUUUGUUUCAAUAUGGCUGACACUCAGAAUACUAGACUACAUCAAAUCAACAAAAAAUUGAAAAAUUAUGCUGUGAAAAUCAUUAAAUUAAAGCCCAAUAAGCUUGAUAAAGAGGCUAAAAUUUUAAUACAAUUAAAUCACCCAAAUAUUAUCAAGGUAUAUCAUACAUACGUUGAUCCACUGAACAACCUGUAUAUAUUUCAGGAUCUGGUCCCAGGUGGUGAUCUGUUCUCGUAUCUUGCUAAGGGUGAUCGGUUGACUUCGAUUUCAGAAAGCGAAUCUCUUCUUAUUGUAUAUCAAAUAUUGAAAGCCUUAGAAUACUUACAUAGGAGAGGAAUUGUUCACCGAGAUCUAAAAUUAGAUAAUAUUUUAUUAGAAUCACCUGAACCGUGUACAAGAAUAAUUUUGGCUGAUUUUGGUAUUGCCAAGCAUUUAACCUCAAAUGUAACAAGGAUGCAUACUGUUGUGGGAACUCCAGAAUAUUGUGCUCCAGAAGUUGGCUUUAAGGCAAAUCGAAAAAUUUAUAAAAGCUUUUCAAGAGCUGCUACAAUUGAUCAACAAAAAACGGGUUAUGAUCAUAAGUGUGAUAUUUGGUCAUUGGGUGUCAUUACUCAUAUUAUGCUCACUGGCAUUUCACCAUUUUACGGUGAUGGAACGGAAAAAUCAAUUAUCCAAAACGCAAAAUCAGGAACCCUUGAUUUUGAAGUUAAGCAUUGGCAACAAAUCAGUAGAGCUGCGAAAACAUUUGUCAAAAGCGUACUGCAGGUAGAUGUCACCAAAAGAUUAGAUAUUGAUGAAAGUCUCAAGCAUUCUUGGAUAUCCAAUCAUAGAGUACAACUAGAAGAAAUUUACAGAAAGAAAAUUCUGAGAGUUACACCUUAG